AUGCAUUUCAUUAGAAACAAUCAAAUUAUUGUAUCAUUUCUAAUUAUAUUUUUAUCAGUCAUUCAAUUUGGAGAAAGUAUUCCAUCUAAUUAUAAAAUCGAAAAUAUUAAAGAUUUACAAAAACGUGCUGUUGCAGUUCAACUUGCUGAAAGAUUAAAUAAUGAAAAUCAAAAUAAUGCACGAGAUUAUGUAACAAAAUAUUAUAAAAGCCCUUCUGAUCCUAACUCAUUUGGAAGAAAAUAA